AAACGAUGCACUGGCCUUGUAUCGCUAAACCACAAUGUAAAGGAUAUUUUAUUUAUCCACAAGGAAGAAAUUCUCAUCAAAUAGCGUGUAGUUAUGCAAUAAAACAACGUAUACAUCGAUGGACAUUAGGUAUAAGAAAGAAAUGCGGAUUUAUUCAAGAAAGGAAUUAUUUAAUUAAUGAUGAUGAAGUAGGCUGUGUUAAAUUAUCACGUAUGCAUAUUCAAACAUACAAGAGACAAAAUAUUCUUAAUUAAAUUGCAAUAAUUAUGAGAAUAUAUGCAUCAAUAACUUCCUUUUCGGUUAAAUUAUUUAAUUAUUAUUCAUCGUUAAUUUUCACACCUUGAACAUUUUCAUCUGGA